AUGAAUCUAUUGUCAUACAACAUUAGAGGGGGGAUGUCUUCUAAGAGGAAGAGAGUUAGUUACUUGAUCAAAUCUAACAACAUAGAUGUUUGCUUCAUUCAAGAAACCAAAUUGUCUGGGUUCAACGAUUAUUUAGCAGGGGCUUUCUGGGGAAGCAGUGAUGUGGAAUGGACAGCGUGUAAUUCAGUGGGGGCAGCGGGUGGUAUGGUGAUUUUGUGGAGGAAGGGCGCUCUGACUGUUAAUUUCAGUUUUGUUGGCAAAGGUUUCGUAGGCAUCAACAUUUUGUGGAAGGACAAGGGGUAUAAUUUAGUCAAUGUCUAUGCUCUGUGUAGUGUGUUAGAGAGGCGUUUGGUGUGGACUUCCUUGCUACAUAAAAAGCAACUUAUAGGGCAAGAGGAGUGGUGUAUUGUGGGUGAUUUUAAUGAAGUGUUGCGUGCAGACGAAAGAAUAGGAGAGGGCGGAAGUAAGCAUGCUAGGGGUAUGGAAGAUUUCUGGGGCUUUGUGGAGGAUAUGGAUUUGGUUGAUGUUAAUUGUGUGGGUGGCAACUUUACAUGGUUCAAGGAUAAUGGUAAAGCAAUGAGUAGGCUUGAUAGUUUUUUAUUAUCAAGAAACAUCGUAGAGGAGUGGGAGGUGAUUGACCAACGUAUUGAGAGGAGGGAUAUAUCGGAUCAUUCGCCUAUUCGUUUGAAUGUGGGGAAAAUUGAUUGGGGACCUAAAAAUUUUAGGUUCAAUAAUGCUUGGUUUAAACAUGAGGGGUUUAUGGAGUUUAUUAAAGAUGAAUGGGGGAAGUUGAGCUUUAUGGGGAGGGGAGACUAUGUCUUGUACGCAAAGCUCAAAGCCUUAAAGGAAAAACUUCAGGUUUGGAAUAGAGAGGUUUUUGUUUGGAUUGAUCUAAAGAUGGAGGAGGGGUGGAGACUAUUAAUGAGUUGGAUAGGUUAA